AUGCUGGCGUGGAAGGAGAAGGUGGCGGACCGCCUCGCCCGCCUCCUCGCCGACUCCCCUGUCUCCCCCUCCCCGGCGCAGGCCGCCGUCGCGCCAUCGCAGGCAAAAUCUUUCCCAGCAGAACCUUUUAUUCCCCCCAAGACAUCAUCAUUAUCUUCGUAUGUAUUUUCCCUUCUACCAACCUCAAACUUGGGGCAUGAGCAGAAUUCACCUUGUUCUGAGACUUUGAGACCAUUACCUCCUGAAUCGCGUCCUAAGCAAUGGAGAGGGAGUGAUUUAACAUGGAAAGAUUCUCCCCUGGAAUUGAGUGAGGAGUCUGGGUCUGAAAGUGAGAGAGAUGAAAGGAAUGGGAAUUUUGGUAACGACCAGGCCCUUCAGUCAUACAGGUCCAUAAAUAACUCAAAUGGAAAUGAGGAAACAUCAACUUCAGAUUGUGCGGUCACUCUUCGUUGUCUGACUGAAAAGUCUGUGUUUGUGUCUCCAAAACUAUUUGCAUUCUUUCAAUCUUCUCUCCCUGGGACCUUGAAGGGGUGCCACUGGGUAUUGCUAUAUAGCACCUGGAAGCAUGGGAUAUCUCUAAGAACACUUCUUCGUAGAAGUGAGAAUAUUCAGGGUCCAUGCCUAUUGAUUGUUGGAGAUAUGCAAGGGGCUGUGUUUGGUGGCUUAUUGAACAGUCCUCUGCGGCCCACAGAGAAAAGGAAAUAUCAGGGAACAAACCAGACAUUUGUGUUCACAACAAUACAUGGUGAACCUAGACUUUUCAGACCAACAGGUGCAAACAGAUUCUACUAUUUGUGCUUGAAUGAUGCUUUAGCAUUUGGAGGUGGUGGAAGCUUCGCAUUGUGUGUUGAUGAAGAUCUGUUACAUGGAAGCAGUGGAUCAUGUGAGACAUUUGGAAACUCAUGCUUGGCACAUAGUCCAGAGUUUGAACUAAAGAAUGUGGAGGCAUUUUGGGAACUCUCGGAGAUGCUCUUUACCCACUGUUGCUCAUUCCAGAAAUUUCUGUGGUGCAAUUACAUAGACAGAACCUUCCGCACUGCCGAGGCGUGCCAUGGUGCUGAUGAGGAGGAUGCCUUGCCGCCUCUGCUGCUUCCUGCUCGUCGCCGCCGUCGCCGCCUCCGGGCGGGGGCGGGUGGUCACCACCCUCCCGGGCUUCGAGGGCCGCCUCCCCUUCCACCUCGAAACAGGAGUGCCAUUGUGCAAGUUGAUGCUGCCCCAUUCAAGCAGUGGCACUCCCAAGCUUGGGUUGAGGAAGAGAUGAUGUUCCGAACAAGGAUAUUAUUGGGAAGAAUGGGUAUUUAUGAUCAGUAUCAGGAUUGGCGCCUCGAUGUUGACAACAUGACAUAUGAUGAAUUGCUCGAUCUUGAGGACCGGAUUGGACAUGUAAGUACAGGGCUUCGUGAAGACGAGACCAUUCAAAGCCUUAGGAUGGUCAAGUACUCCGCCUUCAACCCCAACCAUUUUUGUACGGAAAUGGAUAGGAGAUGUAGCAUCUGUCAAGAAGAGUUUGAAGCAAACGAGGAAACUGGGAAGCUGAGCUGUGGCCACAGCUAUCAUGUGGCGCAUAUUCUUUUUGUUGAUUCGCCAGUUGGGGUUGGGUUUUCCUUCUCCAGAGACCCCAAAGGCUACUAUGUUGGAGAGAUAUCAUCCUCGCUGCAGUUGCAUAAGUUCCUCAACAAGUGGUUCAACGAGCAUCCCGAGUACCUUGCAAAUCCUUUCUACAUCGGUGGAGAAUCAUACGCUGGAAAAACUGUACCAUUCCUUGCACAGAUGAUUUCAGAAGGUAUUAUAUUGAUUGCGCUGGUUGCAUUGCUAUUUGCUGACAAUAAUGCAACUUGGUCUGGAAUUGUUCAUAUAUACCUCCACUGUAAUUGUUCAGGUGUUGAAGCAGGAAUGAAGUCGGCACCUAAUCUCAAGGGCUAUCUAGUGGGCAACCCGUCCACAGAGGAACGUAUUGAUUUUGGCUCUAGAGUGCCUUAUGCUCACGGGUUUGGUAUUAUAUCACACCAGCUGUAUGAGGAUGGACGACGGUGGCUCGGCCUCAGAUGGCAGCAGGAAGAUGAAGAUCCUACGGGAGGAGAGGAGAGUAGAGUGGGGCAGCAGCUAUUUCAUCCACCGGCUCGUACUCCAUUUAGUUGCUUUUAUUACGGCUACGACCUGUCGUAUUUCUGGGCAAACGACAGACGCACCCGAGAUGCUCUUGGGAUCAAGGAGGGUACCGUGGACGAGUGGGUCAGAUGCCACGAUGAAGGAGAGUUGCCUUACGAGCGCGACCUCGAGAGUGUCAUCAAGUACCACCUGAACCUGACGUCCAGAGGCUACCGUGCCCUGGUAUUCAGCGGCGACCAUGAUCUGCUGGUGCCACACCUGGGCACCCAGGCUUGGGUGAGAUCUCUCAACUUCCCCAUCGUCGAUGACUGGAGGCCUGGCAUCUCGAUUUACAAUAAGUUACUCAAACAACAUGACGUUCGCGACGAUCAAGGGUGGCGAGCAUACAGCACCUGA